AUGGCGACGGCGAUGCUGCAAGCCUGGCGCAGUUGGAUGGGCGUCAACGUUCUCAGGGGCCUGCUUGUCCUGGGCAUCAUGGAGGACCGUAAUGAAGCCGAAUUCCAAGAGUCCCUUGAGGCUGUCCUAUGGCCUAUGGGACCCUUUACGGUGCUGGGCAAAGUGUUUCGAGAGGAGGAUAGUGCCAUCGCGGCCCUGGUCGGGCUCAAAGGGGACGUCAACUAUGCUUUGGUCCCCAGGGAAGUCCCUGGCACUGCGGGCCCGUGGAACGCGGUCUGUGUGCCCCAUUGCUCAGGCGAGGAGUUUCUCGGUCUUGUGUUCCACUUCUUGCAGCAAUAGGGGCAGAUGGUGGAGACUCUGGCCGGUGCCCUGGGUCUGGGUGUGGGGCUGCGCAGGGCGAGCUGGCUCCAAUCCGUCAGUCAGGCAGUCUAGCCCUGGGUGGAGACCCUGAGGUCCCAGAGCCUGGGCAUGUUUUCUGGGAGGGACCAGCUUGUGCACGCACUCCUGGCGGAAAACCCCACCAGGUCGGCUGCUCAGGACUGUCUAACAGCCCUGGUCCAGGUGUUUGGAGACAAUGAGCCCUACCCCCUGCCCCCUACCAGCCGGCCGAAGUAUCUGACUGCUCAGCAACAGUCAGGCCAGUUUGUCCUGGCUGUUGCCUUGUGGCUGGAAGUCCUGCAGAAGGCCAUGGAGAAGUGGGCCCUGGCCAGAGCAUCCGCCGACUGUGUGAGCCUGAGGCGGAUGCUCACCAGAGCCAACCUUACUGAGCCUUUGGAUGAAGCACUGAGGAAGCAGAUGGGGGGGAGGUCUCCAAGUUUCCUGGAGAUGCUGGGGCUCGUUCGGGAGUCUGAGGCAUGGGAGGCCAGUCUAGCCAGAAGGGUGAGAGCCAGGCACAGGAAGGGGAGCCUAGGUCGGGCAGGGCCCACCAAGCCCCAUGGGGCCCCCUCCCCAGCCCAGAUGGGCAGUGCUGUCCAGGCGGUCCCAGGAGGUUCCCGCUGGGGGCCAGAGGUCCUCAUCCAGACAGGAGGCCAGGAGGCUGAGGAUCCCCUCCAAGAGGGGCUCAAGCCCGUCCUGGAGGAGUCAGACAACUAGGA